AAUUCGUCUAUUUCUCUCUUCAAAUUUCCCUCACUUCGUCGGUGACCAAACAUUGCAACACCCACUCCAUUUUCAAAAAAGAGAGAAAUGGGUGUAGAGGACAAUAACUGUACGAACCUCAUUUUCACGUACGGUACCUUGAAACGGGGCUUUUCCAAUCACGUGCUCCUUCAAGAUUUGAUGCGAACCGGAGACGCCGUAUUCAAAGGCAGCUACCGAACCGUGGAGAAGUACCCUCUCGUUUGCGGGCCCUACCGCGUCCCUUUCCUCCUCAACAUGCCCGGCACAGGGCACCGGGUCACGGGAGAGUUGUACGCCGUGUCGACUCGGGGACUCGCCCGCGUCGACGAGUUGGAAGGCACGAGUCGAGGGCACUACGAGCGGCUGCCGAUCCGGCUGAUGCCGGCUGGCAACGGGAACGACAGCGGGAACAAAGAAAAUGAGGAAGAUUUGUUAACGUGCGCGGCGGAGGCGUAUUACGCGCACAAGAGUUACGAGAAGGAGAUGUGGAAGAGGAAUGGGAGAGAAGGGAUUCGGAUAUACUCGGAGAAAGAAGCUAAAGGUUAUGUGAAAAGAAAAGAUAGGCCUCAAAAUCUUACUUUUCUGGAUCAUAUCAGGAUUUUUAUUUCAUCCGCUUCUGAUUAAUUGGAACAAAUUUAUUAAAAAAUUAAAGAAAAUAUGUUGUAAUGUUUGUAUUUCCACAUCAAUCUUUAUUGGGUUUUUCAUUUUCUUUUUUCUUAUCUUGUUGGUGUUAGCGUAUAUUUAGCAUGUUGAACUGAGAAACAUGAUUGCCAGAAAUAGCUUAAGAGCAUUUGGGAAGAAAAUUUUACAUUAA